AUGUCAUCGUCUGCUUUGACGUCCAGACAGCGAGAAGAGCUGCAUAGAGCAAUACUCGAUUAUCUCAGCAGCUGCGGCUAUUCACAAUCCUUAGAUGCGCUCAAAGUCGAGGCAGGUCAGGAAGACUUUCAAGCUGAUCCCAAGGCGAAAUGGGCGGGUCUGCUCGAGAAGAAGUGGACGAGUGUCAUAAGGCUACAGAAGAAGAUCAUGGACUUGGAGACGCGCAAUGCUCAAUUACUCGAGGAAGUCUCACUGUCACGUACCGCGCCUUCCUCCACUCGCAACAGUGCAGACUGGGUGCCGCGUGCGCCUGCAAAGCAUACGCUCACCGGUCAUCGAGCGCCAAUCACCUGCGUCGCCUUUCAUCCUGUCUUUAGCAAUCUAUGUAGUGCGAGUGAGGACUCUAGCAUGAAAAUCUGGGACUGGGAGUCAGGCGACUUCGAGCGGACGCUCAAAGGCCAUACAAAGCCUGUUCAAGACUGCGAAUACGACUCAAAGGGCAAUCUACUUGUGUCGUGCUCGUCUGAUCUAACGCUGAAGCUCUGGGAUACCAACAAUGACUACAAGAACACAAAGACGCUCUAUGGCCAUGACCAUUCAGUGUCAUCUGCGCGCUUCCUACACAACGACGAGCAAAUUGUCAGUGCCAGUCGCGACAAGUCAAUAAGGAUAUGGGAGGUCGCCACCGGCUUCUGUAUCAGAACUUUGACCGGUCACGACGAGUGGGUACGGUCAGCAUUACCAUCUUUCGAGGGGCGGUGGCUUGUCUCCUGCUCAAACGAUCAGAGCGCGAGGGUUUGGGACGCUGCAUCGGGCGACAUAAAGGCAGACUUGCGAGGCCACGAACACGUCAUCGAAGUCGCCAUCUUUGCGCCGCCAGUCUCACACGCAGCCUUGCGAGAGCUAGGCGGCCUGGUCAGUCCUGCUGGCCUAGAGAAGCAGCCGUCGAACGGCUUCGUUGCUACGGGAUCUAGAGACAAGGCCAUCCGGAUCUGGGAUGGUCAAAAUGGUCAAUGUCUGAGGACACUAAUCGGCCACGACAACUGGAUCAGAGGCCUCGCAUUCCAUCCGAACGGCAAAACGCUAUUAUCGAGCUCAGAUGACAAGACUGUGCGGAUGUGGGAUCUCAAGACGGGCAGAUGCGUUAAAACUCUCGACGCUCACGAACACUUUGUUUCUUGCAUCUCAUGGGGGCGUCAGACGCAAGCUCAGCCUGCUCCGAAUGGUGAUGCUGCACUCACUAAUGGCGCAUCGACUACGCCCAAUGCAAAGCUCAUCAAUGUCCUCGCCACGGGCAGUGUAGACCAGACUAUCCGAAUUUGGCUUCCGUGA